AAAUGUGAUUUUAAAGUAAAAAAAACACUUUAAAUAAAACAUUAAUUGUAUAUUAAAGAUUUGUUUGAAAUAUGUAUUACCAUUAUCUUGGUAUUUCUGUUUAAAAAACUAAUAAUGAUACGGGUAUUAGUCAAACGUGAAUGGAGGCUAAUAACCCAGGUUGUAGUUCCUGUUAAUUUACAAUCGUCUCUAUAUACAACCAAAACUACAUCAUCUCAUGAUAGAUUAAUAACAGCGAAAGGAAAUGUUUUGUCUUGUGGAAAUUCAAUAUUACCAGUAUCUCAGUUGAAAGAUAUUUGUGUGCCUGUUGGUAAUGCAAAUGUGAUAGUCCCAGAGUCAAAUAUAAUAUUACCCGAGAAUUAUACUUCAUGGUUGCCGAGUCCAUGCACUAACACUGGGAAAACAAUCAGUCAAUACAAAAAACUUUCAAAAUUUCGGCUUACAUCUCUUGUUGUUGUUACCACAAUGGGUGGAUAUGCGAUGGCACCAGCUGCGUUCGAUCUUAGUUCAUUUGCUAUGUGCACAUUGGGAACAGGACUGAUUUCAGCUGCAGCUAAUGCAAUAAAUCAAUAUCAUGAAGUUCCUUUCGAUUCCCAAAUGUCGAGGACCAAAAGCCGUGUGCUCGUUACAGGCCAAGUUACCCCACUUAAAGCAGUCUCUUUCGCCGUUGUGUCCGCGUCAACUGGACUAUGCAUGUUGUAUUUUGGUGUUAAUGGACUAACAGCGGCAUUAGGAGCUGGAAAUCUUUUUCUUUACACAUCAAUAUAUACACCAAUGAAGCGAAUAAGUAUAGUCAACACAUGGGUAGGAUCAGUCGUCGGCGCAAUUCCACCUUUAAUGGGCUGGUCCGGUUGCGCUGGCAAUCUUGAUUCAGGCGCAAUGAUACUGGCUGGAAUACUAUUUGCGUGGCAGUUCCCUCAUUUUAAUGCUCUUUCAUGGAACCUGCGACCGGAUUACUCUCGAGCAGGGUAUCGCAUGAUGGCGGUUACUAAUCCGAGUCUUUGUCGUCGUACAGCGCUGCGAUAUUCACUAGUCAUUGUCGGACUUUCAUUAAUGGCGCCGGUUCUAGACGUUACAAACUAUUGGUUUGCUUUGGAAACAAUUCCUUUAAACGCGUAUUUCGCAUAUUUGGCGUAUAAAUUUAAUCAAAAAUCAGAUAGCAAAAGCUCGAGAAGCCUUUUUAGGUUUUCGCUACUGCAUUUGCCAGCGUUAAUGCUAUUAUUUUUGGCAAAUAAAAAGAAUUGGUAUUUCAACAAGUCUGCCGAAGAAGAAACAAUAAAAAACGGAUCAAACCAUAUGGUUUUGAAACCAUCAAAAACCGCAACAAGUCUUGGAAAUGUUUUACCUGUCGCUGUAGCAGAAGGACCUAGAAAAUUUUAGAUAAUUUCUGUAUUAUAGCGACUUGUAAAAACGUAAUUUAUAGUUAAAUAUACUUUAAGCUAGUCCUUUGACUUGUAAAAGAUAACUUUAACUCUUCAGUUAAUAUUGUUUGUAGAAUGAUUAUAUCUAAAAUAAGAGACGUGCUAAGCAAGUUUUUUGUGCGGUAGGCAAGACAUUUGGUAGAGUGGUGGUCUUUCUGUGAUGCUUUGCUAACAAUGGCAAUUUUGCUGAAAACCCAGCUAUCUGAGUCGAUCCAAAUGCUGUCUAAAACUUACUGUGAAACUUGAAAACUAUUUUGUAGCACCAGAUUGGCACAUCAAAAUAACUAAGCAAAAGGCAAGCAGAUAACUUCAAACUGAACAUAUGAAGCUGCCCGACAUUAACGAAAUAUCUUACUAGUCUUGGCAAAUACCUCGAUAAGCGACUGACUUGGAGAAAGCACAAUGAAUUAAGGAAAAUAAAAUUAGAAAGCCGCGCAAA